UCAUUUAUGAGCCUGGCUUACAUUUUAUUCAUUUUGGACUUCUUCCCCACCAGGAGACUACCACAGUGCUUAUCAUGCUAGGGUCAGAGAACAGGUUGAUGGAUCAAGCUGUUGUGUCAACCUUGAGGUCCCAUCUGGGGGAAGAGGUUACUCUUGACCUGGGCAAGGGGUUGAGAGGGAGAAGAACCAUGGUCCCUGCCCUGUGGGAGGCCCAGAUGUGAUGGAAACAUGCCAGAGCCUGGCAAGCCCUCAGAAGCAAGCAGAGGGCAAAGCAGGCAGCUGAGCCUUGAGUGAACUCAGGAUGUAGAAGUGGAGAGGAGUCCAUCAGGAAAGGCUCCUUGGUAGAAGUCUAGUCCGGGAGGCCAGGCGUGAAUUCAUGAAGAAGCAACUAACCAUGGUGAUGUGCAGUGGUUCUCAGCCGUCACCAACAAUCAGCAUCACUUGAGGAAGCCUGUUUAAAAUACAGAUCCCCAGGCCUCACGCCAGCCCUACUUGGGUUGGGUGAGGCUGGGAAGGUACAGCAAAUGCUGCAGCGUCCCGAAGAGGGAUGGCUUUACCAAAGGGACAGUUCGAGCUGCAUCUGGAAGGGGAGGUAACAGUGGCAUGGCUGUGCCCCAGGCUUUCCCACCGGGGCCCCUCCAUGAGGGGGGUGCCCUGGUGGAGCCCCAGCCCUCCCCUCGAAGCUCGGCCGAGGGCUUCUUGGAGGAGGAGCGCCGGCUUAACGCUGAGCUGAAGCAGCUGCAGUUUUCUGAGCCUGUGGGCAUCGUCUACAAUCCGGUGGAGUAUGCGUGGGAGCCGCAUCGCAGCUACGUGACCCGCUACUGCCAGGGGCCCAAGCAAGUGCUCUUCUUGGGCAUGAACCCAGGACCCUUCGGCAUGGCCCAGACUGGGGUGCCCUUUGGGGAAGUGAGUGUAGUCCGGGACUGGUUGGGCAUUGGGGGGCCUGUGCAGACCCCUCCCCAAGAGCACCCCAAGCGACCAGUGCUGGGACUGGAGUGCCCUCAGUCCGAGGUGAGUGGUGCCCGGUUCUGGGGCUUUUUCCGGAACCUCUGUGGACAGCCCGAGGUCUUCUUCCGUCACUGCUUCGUCCACAACCUGUGUCCUCUGCUCCUCCUGGCUCCCAGCGGGCGCAACCUCACCCCCGCCGAGCUGCCGGCCAAGCAGCGAGAGCAGCUCCUUGGGGUCUGUGACGCGGCCCUGUGCCGGCAGGUGCAGCUGCUGGGGGUGCGGCUGGUGGUGGGCGUGGGCCGCCUGGCCGAGCAGCGGGCGCGGCGAGCUCUGGCCGGCCUGAUGCCCGAGGUCCAGGUGGAGGGGCUCCUGCACCCAUCCCCUCGCAACCCGCAGGCCAACAAGGGCUGGGAGGUGGUGGCCAAGGAGAGACUGAACGAGCUGGGGCUGCUGCCGCUGUUAACGAAGUGAGCGCCCCUGUGGCCGGCACAGGACGUGUUCAAGGUCCCCUGGGUCCUUCGGGGCAAGCAGAUGGCCACGCGCCUCCUGGACUGGAGCGACAAGGUCCCCCUCGGCUCCCUGGUUGCUGGGAUCUGCCGCGGCAGUUUGGACACUACUCCUGCUUGCCCUCCCGAUUCCUGCCCACCUCACCUUCCUUUGAGCAUUGCUUCGUUGGUCUGUGGUACCCAGCUCCACAGAGAGCCAGCACCUGCAAACUGCUCUACCUCAGUCUUUCCCUGGAGCCUCUCUUUGGCGGAGAGUGACCUGAACAGUGACUUCCGAGGUCAUAUUUGCUGUUUUAGAGAAAAGAUCCUACCAGGAUCCCUACCCGUCGUCCUAGAAUGGCUUCCUUCAGCUCACCCCUUGCCUCACAGGGACCAGGACAAAGCGUGCGUCAUGGCUGCUGAGAGUGAACUUCUGACGGGAGACAGGCUGCGUCAGAGAGAGACAAUUCAGUGUGGCAGCGUGGGAACGGCCAGAAGACCUGGAUUUCCAUCUCCCAGCUUUGAGA